AUGUUCCCAUUCAAUCAUAUAAACAAAUCUCUAACUUUUCCAACAUUCAAUAUUAUAACAACAUCAUCUAUCUAUCGAUUAUUAAAUACGAAUAAACGACAAAAACGACGAGAAGAUAUUCAAAAUACUAUUACGAUUACGCCAAUAGUUUCAAAUACAACUUCAUUUUUUACUUCCACUUCAACAACUCAAUAUCAGCAAAUCUCAUUUGACGAAUCCUAUUCCGUUAAAACAGGAAUUAAGACAGCAGCUCUUCUUGGCGGUAUGUUAUUGCUUGUUGUCUUUUAUCUAUGUUGGAAAGCACGUUCUCG